GCAGCGCCGGCCCGAGGGGAGGCGGCGGGCGGGCGGGCGGGCGCGGCUCAAAGCCCGGGGACCGGCAAGCUGAAGCGGCAGCGCGGGCAGGCCUGAGCGGCGGGGCGGGACGCCCGGCCCGCGGGGAUGCGAGACCGGCUGCCGGACCUGACGGCGUGCAGGAAAAAUGACGAUGGGGAUGCCGCUGUCGUCGUGGAGAAGGACCAUUUUAUGGACGAUUUCUUCCAUCAGGUUGAGGAGAUUAGAAACAGUAUAUCUAAAAUAGCUCAGUAUGUGGAAGAAGUGAAGAAAAACCACAGCAUCAUUCUUUCUGCACCAAACCCAGAAGGAAAAAUAAAAGAGGAGCUUGAAGAUCUGAACAAAGAAAUCAAGAAAACCGCUAAUAAAAUUCGCACCAAGUUAAAGUCUAUUGAACAAAGUUUUGAUCAGGAUGAGAGCGGGCACCGGACUUCCGUGGAUGUUCGCAUACGGAGAACCCAGCACUCAGUACUAUCUCGAAAGUUUGUGGAAGUUAUGACAGAAUAUAAUGAAGCACAGACUCUCUUUCGGGAGCGAAGCAAAGGGCGUAUACAGCGUCAGCUAGAAAUAACUGGGAAGACCACAACUGAUGACGAGCUGGAAGCAAUGCUGGAGAGCGGGAACCCAUCCAUCUUCACGUCCGAUAUUAUAUCAGAUUCCCAAGUUACUAGACAAGCUCUCAAUGAAAUUGAGUCACGUCACAAAGACAUCAUGAGACUGGAGACCAGUAUCCGAGAGCUGCAUGAGAUGUUUAUGGACAUGGCCAUGUUUGUGGAGACGCAGGGUGAAAUGAUCAACAACAUAGAAAAAAAUGUUAUGAAUGCUGCAGACUAUGUAGAACAUGCCAAGGAAGAAACAAAAAAAGCUAUUAAAUAUCAGAGCAAAGCAAGAAGGAAAAUGAUGUUCAUUAUUAUUUGUGUAAUUAUUUUGCUUGUGAUCCUUGGAAUUAUCCUAGCAACAACAUUGUCAUAGCAACCAUAGCCCAAGAGCCAUUUGUCCUUGGAGUCAGACCACAUCUGCAGCAAAUCAGCAUCCUCCCAUUUCAUGAAUGAAUCCUAGACAUUGUGACGUGUGGCACUGAGUGCUGACUUUAUUAGUGGGUUGAAAGAGAACCCACAACAGAAUGUAUUGUUCAGUGAAAAAGCCAUGAGCAGAAUGGAUGUGAUGAGUCAGCCCAAACAUCCUUGGACUCUAAAUAACACAACACAAACGUGAAACAAUGUGAAACUUGUUUCAAUGGCCUUAAAAUAAGGAAUUAUUGAAAUUUUCAUUUUAAAAAAUAUUUCAGUGUUAAAAAUAUGUUAUGUGAAGUUUAAUAAUUCGGAAUAUUUUACAUUCUGAAGCCAUUGGAGUUGAGGUCUAAGACUUUCUUCCCUUUUCCCAGCUAAUAAGGUAAUUAAGAGACUUUUGUAUUAUGUUUAAUUUGUGUUUGUUUACUGUUAGCAAAAAUAAUUAUCUCAGAACUGUUUUGUAAGAUAUCUGUAAUUUUCAAUGUUUAUAAAUUGUCUAAUAUAUUAACAUCCUUACUUCAUUUUUAUAUAUUAAAUAUUGCCUUUUAAAGAAACAGGUAACUUCAUGAUGUUAGAGCCAUCUUUGCACAGUUGUUUACAAAGUUUGCCAUUGGUAUAGAAAACAUUGGUUGCAAAGCACCCUAAAAAGCCUUUCAAGUGCCUUCUGUUAAUAGUGGUUUAAAUGUGCCUUAGGCCCUCCAGAAAAGUCUGUUAUACUCAGCUCCACUUCCACUUGUUCCAUUACCCAGAUAAUAAAUUAGUUACUGCACUGUAAAGACAAUGGUCUCUUCUCUCUGUUCAUUAAAAAUAUGGUUUGUUUUCCCCAUUUACAUUAAUAAAGUCUGAAGUUAAGAUGGUGAUAAAAACCAAGACUUACUACUUUCUAACUCAAGGAAAUUAUUCCUAAACAUUAAGUAAUUCUCUUAAACUGUUGUGUAGAUCACUUCGAUGUUCUUGUUAAGUACCUACUAUUCUGCCGAACUUUAAAGUUAAUUCCCAAAGUUUAUAGGACUCUACAGUAAUUAAACAUUUUCAUUGCUCAUGAAUGUUUUUAUUAUAAUAAUAUGCUUUAGACUUGUAAAAUGUAUGAAAUCUUACUAAUGAAUCUAAUAAGGUAGCGACUAGUCAAUAUUUUAAAUGAAGGAUACCCAAAAUACAGUUAACUUUUGUUACUUCUGUAUCUGACUGUAUGAGCAUGUGACUGUAUUUUAUCAUUGCUUGGUGUGGAAACUUAUGUAGUAGAUACCCGUGAUUCCAAACGAUAAGCGUCAAUUAUACUGAACAGUUUAGAAGCCGUGUCCCUAAUUGAAUACAGUGGGGAACUCAGUUAUAAUUUCUACAUCUAACUGCUUAGAUAAGACUCAGAUCUGUAUUUAUGCAUUUUGUUUACUUGCUGAUCAUCGCUGUAUACUCCGAAAUAUUCUAGGAGCCUUCUGGCUCCAGCACGUGGUCGAGUCCUCGUGGACUGUCAGUGGGGUGCGCUCACUGGCCCGUGCUGACACGAAGAUGCGACUGUCCUGAGGAUGUGUGAGUAGCGAUCACGCUUGUGUGCGUGCACCGUUUGCACACCUGUUGUCUGAGAUUGUGCCCACAGGCGCAGCUCUGUGCUGAGCACCCGCCUCUGCUGUCCCCUUUCCUCUUCACAUUCAGGCCGCUGUCCGCGCCUCUCACAGGGUGCUCACCGCCUUUUCCAGUCGCUCUUCCCAGGUUCGAAGUACUCACCGAAUUUGUGUUUUUGUGGUCGAAGUUAGGAACUGCUUUUUGAUUUCUAGUUAAAUGUUUAAGUCACUUAUCAGAUAACACGUUUGUAUGUGUAAGCCUCAUGUACCGACCUGAAAUCGGACUUUUAAAACUGUAUUUACAGGUUCAUUUGUUACCUUUUUAUUAUUCAGCUGUUCCGCGUUUACAUUAAAAGAAAAAGGAAAACCAAACCACUUACUUUCCGCC